ACAAAUAUUCAAUUAAACAAAUGUAUACAGGGUUUCUGGCCAUUCUGGGGUUUACCCUGCCCCCUCAUUCCGGAGAGAAAUUGUCCCUCGGAGUUACUGUAUUGUUCAGCUUGAUUGUUUUCUUGAACCAGAUUGCAGAAUCGAUGCCAGCAAAUUCCGACAAUGUUCCGCUACUCGGAACAUAUUUUAACUGCAUUAUGUUCAUGAUUGCUUCUUCUGUCGUGAGCACGGUAGUUAUAAAUCUUAAUUUGAGAUCAUCUUCUAAUCCAAAAGGAAUGGGGGCAACGAGUCAAGCCUUGAUAUUCAAUUGGCUUCCCUGGGUCUUGAGAAUGCAACUUAUGGAGCCGCAUGGUAACAUUGUUGGAUUAGGAAGUAGGCUUGUGAAACCUGGGACAAAGGAAAAUGACCCUUCGAUGGAAGUGAGCGACAUUAUGAUGCCGCUGGAUGAAGAGAAGGAAGGAGAAAAGAUGCAGACGAAGGACUUUACUGAGAAACCAAACGAUGAGACGACCUCUGCAAUUCGCAAAUUCAAGAAACAAUGGAUGUACGCUGCUGUAGUUGUAGACCGGUUAUGUUUGGUAGUUUCCAUUGUGUUUGCCUUAAUUUCAAUUGCAGUUUUGCUUGUUUCCACAUACGCCUAACUUGAAUAAACUGAUAUAUAAUUAUGUAUAUUGAUAAAAUAUUAAUAAAAAUACGUAUAUAAAAA